UUUAGGGAACACAGUAGAAGCCAUAGAAUCAUAGCUGUACCUUACGACAGCAUUAAAAAAUUUUACAAUGGGUAUGGUAUGGACAGCGACUAGUCUGAAGUACCUUUAUACUGUACUUUUAGAUGCCAGCUGAUUGACAAUUCAGACUUGUACUUGGGUUCCAGAAUGGACAGCUGCCUGCAAUCAUCCCACACCUUUAAUUGUCUUUCCUUAUAUCCACAAUGGAACAUUAGAGAAACAGGAUUGGUUGCUCCAUCUUGACCAGGGACUCUCUUCAAAUCUUAUUCCAAUUUGACUAGACAUUUUGGUACAAAACAGCAAAAGAGUUAGUUGCUGUGGAAGAAAAAGAUGCAGUCCUUGCCUUUUGCAAAGUGUGACAGCAAAAAGAGUGAGGUAUGGGGGGUGGGGAUGUAGAUCAGUGGGGGUAGGGUGCUUGACCAGUUUGGAUUUGAUCCCCAUAACCACAGAGACCCAGAAACACCCCCUCCACAAUAUUAGAGUUACCUAGAUUGUGUCACACUGUUAUGAUUUUUGUGUUUGCUUUUCCUUAUGCCUUCCCUCUACUAUGUGGAAAACUCUUUGAGAUUGCAUCAUUUCUUAGCAGUGCUAUGAAGAAUCAAAGUGUACAUCUCCACCUGGGAGGAGAUUAUGGCUCAUUCUUCCCUUCCUUACUUCUCCAACUCAAAGGGCUGCUGGUCCCAAGGGGAAGGAAAAAGUAGCAGGGCAGAGCCUCUCCCUAUUUGGAGGGAGGGGCUCCUUCCUAGAGCUGAUUGUAGACUCUGGAUUUUGUAUUAAGAGGAAAUCACUCUUUCUCCCCACAAUCCAUUUUCAUGCCUUAGGUGUCAGAAGCAAAAUUUAUUUAUGUCACAGCAAUUAUUGUACCCAAAGCCACCUUAUAUUCCCGGCUUUCUAGGAUGGAUAUUUUUAUCAUUGUUUCUUCUGAAUAUAGCAAACAAAUCAUCCUGUUGUGAAAUACUGGAGAGUCGUGGCAGUAAUCAGCCGCUGGCUCUCACCAGCUCCUGGAGCCUAGAAAUGAUUCUAGUAGACACUGACACUUUACAGGAGAUCAGCCACAAUUCCCAGAGAAGCUGCCUCUUUUCGUGGUUACCUGAGCUUAGCCCUAUGACACUGCGCAUGAACCCAUCUGAUCUUUAAAAAGUGUGUUUUUUUGAGGAGGGGGCAGGGGAGGGGAAGAAAAAGUAACAGAGGCAACAAGCUUUCUAAGAAUAUUUCUGGCAGAGGACAAGAUUAAACAAAAGUGGAGAUAUGGGCCCUGGAUGGGUCAGUUUCCACCCUCAAGACACCAGCCAGAUGUUGGUGCACGUAAACUGGGGGCCGGGUUGGGGGGUGGGGACCAUGGCUUUCAAUUUUACUGUUGAAGACGCUGGGCAUAUUCUUUAAUCGUUAACGAAAAUCAUUUCACUUUUAGGGUCUAGGUCAGUCCGAGGUGAGGCAGCAAAGUGUUUCAAACUCCAGUGUGUAUUUUAAUGUGUGUAUUUGGGUUCCACUGUAGUGGCAGGAAAACGUCCUGCGUCCCACCAGACAGACCCCCUACCGUCCCGAGUGAAGGACACUGGGGAGACCGUGGGAGGCGGCCGGAAGAGCUGGGGGCUGCGUCAGCCGCGUUCUCGGGGCUGUCAGUCUCCCCGCGUCCCCAGACAUCCAGGUAGGGACGCCCCCUCCCACGCGGCGCGGAUCUGGCGGGUGGGAAGGAGGGGCUGGGCUCCGAGCGCCGCCCCUCCAUCUAUCACAUGGCCGGAGAGUCACAAAAACAACAGCUUUGGCCAAGACCGUGACUUCUGGAAAGAGAACCCAGGCCCAGGCAGUCAGCCCCCUCCCCAUGGAGGACAGUUUCCUUGAAUCCUUCGGGAGGCUGAGCCUCCAGCAGCAGCAGCAACAGCAGCAGCAGCAGCCGCCGCCGCCGCCGCCGCCUCGGCCGUCCCCACGGGGGACACCUCCGCGUCGCCACAGCUUUAGGAAACACCUCUACCUCCUGCGCGGCCUCCCGGGCUCGGGGAAAACCACACUGGCCAGACAAUUGCAACAUGACUUUCCCAGGGCCCUGAUUUUCAGCACGGAUGAUUUUUUCUUCAGGGAGGAUGGUGCCUAUGAGUUCAAUCCUGACUUCCUGGAGGAAGCCCAUGAGUGGAACCAGAAAAGAGCAAGAAAAGCAAUGAGGAAUGGCAUAUCCCCCAUUAUAAUUGAUAAUACCAACCUGCACGCCUGGGAAAUGAAGCCCUAUGCAGUCAUGGCACUUGAAAAUAACUAUGAAGUUAUAUUCCGAGAACCUGACACUCGCUGGAAAUUCAACGUUCAAGAGUUAGCAAGAAGAAACAUUCAUGGAGUCCCAAGAGAAAAAAUACACCGAAUGAAAGAACGGUAUGAACAUGAUGUUACCUUUCACAGUGUACUUCAUGCAGAAAAACCAAGCAGAAUGAGCAGGAACCAGGACAGGAAUAACGCAUUGCCUUCCAACAGCGGAGGAUACUGGAAUACCUACUCUGAGUUUCCAAACCGGAGAGCGCAUGGCGGUGGCUUCGCACAUGAGAGCUCCUUUAGCAGGAGGGGCGGCUGUCACCACGGGUAUUAGAGGCCAUUGAGAAUUUUCCUAAAUAAGUUUUUACUUCAAUUUUUGGUAUUUAUUUUUGUUUAUGUUCUAGUGAGAGCUCUAAUUCCAGUGUAAAUAUUUGAACCCCAAAGUUUCAGAGAAGAGGUCAUUAUAUUCAUCACUGUUCCAGUGCACCCAUAUGCAUGGUCCAAGGUUGGAGAUUUGGCAGAUUGGAAUAAAGUGUCUUUUUUCUAGGGAAAGAACUGGAGACUAAAAUACAAGAAUGUAAUCAGUUACAUAGGUACAGAAAUGAAAGUGUUUAAUGAAAGUGUUUAUAUACAUAAACUGGUUCUGCUGUCUCCGAAGUAAUCCAUUUACUUUUUCAGGAAAUUUCAUCUCCAUCAGGCAAGUUUGAAAGAUGGGGGAGAAACUAGAGGCAGGAAACUGCUUAGUGCCAUUGCUACCUUGAUAUAUCAAAAUCCAUGACUUGUAGGACUCUAAUGAUAUCGCUUUUCCUUUAAAAUCAAAGUAUACACAUAGGCGAGUUUAUCCUUCAAAGUGGACAUUCUGAGAAGCUACUCCUUUAUUUUAAUGAUGCAUCAUUGUUAAAAGUGUCAAAUCCUUAAUAAAAGGUAUGAACUAAUAAGGAAACUAAGUAUCGUUAGGGUUGCACUUUAAUUGCUUUAGCAGGAUUGAACCUAACUUCUGGUUAUUGUCUAAGUGUAAGCAAAAUAAACCUGCCUUCAUAAAACACCAGUUCUUAACGGGAAAUAUUAAAAUUACAAAAGUUGUGCCGAUAACUAUGUAUGAUCAGUUGGCAAACCAAAUGUUUGUGACUGCAAGGAGUGCAGCAGCCAGACAUAUGAUGGAGUGAGGAUGUGUGGAAGCCAUGCUCACUGCAAGAUGCGCAGUGUUGAUAGUUCCUGGGAGUUAUCUGACACAACAAUAUUGAAUUUAUUUACGAAGCCAAGGUAAAUCCCAACAGGUUCCCAUCAAAUGUGUGAAGCUAUGAUAGACCAUGUAGAUGUAUGCUUUCUUGUUAGCCAACAGCUUCUUUCUAAUGUUGUGAAACAUUAUUUUAAGUGUCUUAUAUAAAGGUGCUUUUAUGGUUAUUAAAUUGUAUAUGGUAUUGCAUUUA